CCCAAGCUAACAGGCUAACAGGGGGACUGCUGGGGAGGGACUUCAUGCCCCAAGUUAAGUUCUCUUCUCUCUCUCUCUCUCUCUCUCUCUCUCUCUCUCUCUCUCUCUCUCUCUCUCUCUCUCUCUCUCUCUCUCUCUCUCUCUCUCACUUUCUCUCUGUCUCACUAUCUCUCUCUGUCUCUCUCUUGCUCUCUGUCUCACUUUCUCUUCCUUUCUCUCUCUUCCUUUCUCUCUCUCUCUCUCUCUGUCUGUCUCUCUCUUGUUCUCUAUCUCUGCCUCACUUUUUCUCUUCCUUUCUGUCUCUUUCUCUGUCUGUCUCUUACUUUCACUUUCUCUCUCUUUCUCUGCCUCUCUGUCUCUCUUACUUUCUCUCCCUCCCUUUCUCUCUCUCUCUCUCUGUCUCUCUCUGUCUCACUUUCUCUCUCUUCCUUUCUCUCUCUCUGUCUGUCUGUCUGUCUGUCUGUCUCUCUCUCUUGCUCUCUCUCUCUCUCUCUGACUCUCUCUUGCUCUCUGUCUCUGCUUCACUUUCUCUCUUCCUUUCUGUCUCUUUCUCUGUCUGUCUCUUACUUUCACUUUCUCUCUCUUUCUCUGCCUCUCUGUCUCUCUUACUUUCUCUCCCUCCCUUUCUCUCUCUCUCUGUCUCUCUCUGUCUCACUUUCUCUUCCUUUCUCUCUGUCUGUCUGUCUGUCUGUCUCUCUCUUGCUCUCUCUCUCUCUCUCUCUCUCUCUCUCUCUCUCUCUCUCUCUCUCUCUGUCUCUCUCUUGCUCUCUGUCUCUGCCUCACUUUCUCUCUUCCUUUCUGUCUCUUUCUCUCAGUCUGUCUCUUACUUUCACUUUCUCUCUCUUUCUCUGCCUCUCUGCCUCUCUGACUUUCUCUCCCUCCCUUUCCCUCUCUGUCUCUGUCUGUCUGUCUCUCCAAUCUCCCUUGGAAUUCUUCCCCCUCCCACCCCCAGCCUCUUGUCCUACUGUACACAGACGUAGAGACCCAGAGCCAGAGUUGACGAUGGUCUGUCCUCUGAAGUUGCCCAGCUUGCUGAAAUAUGGUUACAUAUGCAAACAUUAUCUCCCAAUUGUAACCUCAUUUUCUGCUCUGCUGGACCAACAUUUGUCAUCGGGCCUCCCCGCCCGCCACAUCCUUCAUGUGUCUCUAAUUGUCAUCAAGAUGAGGCGUGUCAGCAGGACUCCAGUGUUCUCCGAGGCCCGUCUCCACACAGUCACUCAGUCUAAAGGCUAAAAUGAAAAUGACUGCAUAAGUGAUUCAGAUCAGGAAAGAGAGAGCACCCCGGAUCUAGCCUGAUGACUUUCCACACACCUGAUGCAAGGUGAGAGGAGCCCAGAAGCUGAAGAACCUCUCCCCCAUCCAUGCUCUUUGUGUUCUGCUAAGGAUGGCUGAUAUUUGGAAUCAACUCUGCCUCCUUUUCAAAAUGAGAAACGGAAAUUAACCAGAAAGAAAGAAAAUUAAAUUAAAUUUAAAAAGAAUAUUUCCUCCAGGACUCCACUUUUGCCCUUGGAUCCCCAGACAAGAUGAUGGCACUCCUAAUGGACCCUGACAUUUCCAUCCCGAGGACUGAGUCACCAAAAUAAAUCGGACCAAAUUCCACCAAGGAGAGAAGCCCAAAUGAUCGAUAGGAGGGCACUCUCCCUUUCUAUCAAAGCUGUUUCUGAUUUAGGCUUGUGGCAAAAUAAAUAAAAAGUAGCCUCAGAAACCGAGAGCAGCCCUAUGAAUAACACAUUGCUAAAAUAAAAUCAUUACGAGGGAAAAUGUCAGUGGCCAGACCGACAUUAUUCACCCCACCACACCUCCAAUUGUACAAGGCUAUGUCCAGCAGCUGCCACCAUCGUCUGGCAGAGAAAGCCCUGUGAGAUAUUCUACUAGAAUUCCCGAAUUACAGCUUUGAAGACUACCAGCUGUGACUGACUCGCCCCCUCCAGUAAGGAAAGAAAUUCCCAAUUUAAUGAAGUGGGGAGAUAGAAAAACAGAGAGCUGGGGAAAUGAGGAAGAAUUAAAAAUCAGCUGGAAAGGAAAAAUGCAAAUAUUAAAUCAUUCUCAUUUGUGAGGAAAUCCUCUUUGCCACAAAAUUGUGGAUAUUUUCUCUCCACACAGUUCUUACUGCAUUUGCACAUUAACCUUUUAAUUUCAGGACCUGAAAAAUGAUCAAAAUGGGCUGACAUGAAGAAAUCCAGAUCAUUUUACUAGAGGAGCCUGAGAAUCAAUUUGUGUGAUAUCUUUUAAUUCAUGAAAUCACAGGAUCAUAGAUUUGGAUCUAAAAGAGAAAUCAGAGACCACUGAAUGCCACAACCUCAUUUUACAGAUAAAUAAACUGAGGCAAACAUACAUUAAGUGACUUGCCCAGGGUCACACAGGGUCACAUAGCUAAGGAAGUGUCUGAGACAGGGUUUGAGCUCUGGUUUUUCUGACUUCACGUUAGGGGCUCAGUUCAAACCAUGGAAGAACCAAAGUAUCUUCCAUUUAUUGUGACAAAGUGAGUCUUUGUAUUUUUAGCUGGCUGCCUGUAAAUUGUGAAUAAAAAUUAUAGCCAUGACUGUACUGGAUCAUGUCAGUGUUGCCUGAGAAAAGUCUGCUUGAUUUAGUUUCCUAGUCUGUCUGU